UACUUUAAUAUCGCUACGUUCUACAUAUUAUAUUCUGCCUUUGGAUUAUUAAGAAAUAAGUAAUAACUAUGCAGUUGAAGUAUUUGAUAAGAUGGACGACUCUCACAACACUUUUUGUUCUAGUUGCAAGUAGCAAUGAUGUACCAAAAGUUGAGCCAUUUAACUUUCAACGACGAGUUCCCAUUGGCGAAAAAACUAUUGCUACUUGUUUAGUUGUGUCAUCCAAUGGACCACUAACAUUUAAAUGGUUGAAAGAUGGUGAAACGAUGACAGAAAAUACAAAUAUAAGAAUAAAACAAGAAAAAGAUUACUCAUUCAUGGUCAUUGAACAUGCUGUUACAGAUGAUCAGGGAAAUUACACGUGUGUGGUAACUAAUAAUUUUGGGAGUGACAGCUAUACCGCUCAGCUUCUUGUCGAAGGUUUGGUUUGAAUAUCUUAAAUACAUUAACGUAUCUAUAUGCUUUAUAUCAUGUCUUUGCAUUUUAUUAUAUAGCCCCUCCUCAAUGGGCUGAAGAACCUAAAGAUGCAAUUAUGAUAGCAGGGGAGACUGUUAG